UGUCUAAAAUCCCUCCCUAAAACCCUUGGAUGCAGGCAACACUGGCAACGCAAGGCGCCGCUUCGAUCAGAGAAAAGAGGGAGUCUGAGAGAGAGGGAGAGAGAUGGGUAGCGACAGCGACACAGAGAAAACGUUGAAGGAGAAGAAAAAGAGGUUGGCCGUGUCCCCCAUCGCCGACCCUCUCGCCGGCAAGAAGCUCUGCAAAAGGCUCCUCAAGCUCGUUAGGAGAGCUUCCGAGUCGAAAUGCUUGAAGAGAGGCGUGAAGGAAGUGGUGAAAAGCAUCAGACGUGGCAAUAAAGGGUUAUGUGUCAUUGCAGGGAAUAUUUCACCCAUUGAUGUCAUUACACACGUACCAGUUUUAUGCGAAGAAGCUGAUAUACCAUAUGUAUAUGUGCCAUCGAAAGAGGAUCUUGCCAAUGCUGGAGCAACACGAAGACCCACGUGCUGUGUUCUGGUAUCGACCAAACCAUCUAAAGGGGAGCUGAGCCAGGAAGAGCAAGAAAAACUGCAGAGCGAUUAUAUGCAGGUUGUGACUGAGGUCAAGGAACUGAGAUUCUCUCAUCUUUGAGUUACACUGGACCAAUAUAGGUUCGCAGAUUGCCUCACUUGUUAUCAUGUGGAAGGAAGUGAAAUGAAAUAUGACAUUGUUAUAUUUGUUACCACUGUUUUGAUUGUGCAAACAGUUCUUUUUCUCUCAGUAAUAGAGCCCCUAGUUGAUUUGCUCUUGUUA